AUGUUUUAGAAAGUGGUAUUUAUAUUUCAUUAUUAUUUAGUUCCUUCAAUUGUCACUAUCCUUUUAAUAUCAAAAUAGCUAAUAUUUUAAUCAUAAGAUGCUCUAAUCAAGAAAGGAGAAUUUUUUAAUCAAUCUGGCAUAGACUUGA